CUCCUUCUUCCGGGGUUCAUUCAAGCCAAAAAUCUCUGCUGGAUAAAUCGGCUGUCAAACUGCAUUCCAAACACGUUCGCAUCAAUAUAUUAUGUAGCAACAUUUGAUUAGCAUGACGGAGCUCUCAUUUUACAUGUCAUCGGGCAAACACAACGUUGCGUUCGUAAACUAACUCGAAGGCCAGCAUCGCUAGAAUUACUUUUGAGGGAAAGCAUGGCGGCAGUGGACAGCUUCCAUUUACUGUACAGGGAAAUUUCCCGGUCGUGCGGCGGUUACCUGGAAACGCUCGCCGUUGUGGGCGCUCUGUACACGGCCAGCAGGGCUGUCAUCCUGCUCAGGGACUGCUGCGUGCUGGUCAGGGUGCAUUUCCUGCCCAGGAUGAUCCCCGGCAGGAAGCUGAGGCAAACAUAUGGAGACUGGGCUGUCGUGUAUGGUGCAUCAGAGCCUGUGGCGCAGGCCUACGCCGAGGAGCUGGCCCAGCACGGUCUCAGCAUCAUCUUUGUCACGUACGGGCGCUCCAACAUCGCCGACUUUGUCGCAAAUCUCUCCCAGAGCCAUGGCGUGGAAACGAUCCUCGUCCACGCCGACCUGGGCUGGGACAAGGCGGCCAGCAAGGUCGUUGUGGAAGCCCUGAGGGGCAAAGAUGUGGGUUUCCUGGUCAACUGCGUGGACGAGGCGUGCACGUCACCCCGGGUGCUGGUGGAGAUAUCCGAGCAGAGUCUGAUGGAGGUGACGGCCAAUAACGUGGUGGGCGCCACGUUGCUAACCCGCUUAGUGCUGCCGGGAAUGCUGGAGCGCGGGCGAGGGGCCGUGGUCAACAUCUCGUCCGCCCCCUGCUGCAUGCCAACACCUGGGAGAGUGAUGCUCAGCGCCGCCACGGGCUACCUGGAUCAGUUCUCAAGAUCUCUCCACCUUGAAUACAGCGCAAGAGGGAUCUUUGCUCAAAGUCUGCUUCCAUUCCAGGUGGCCUCCAGUAGUCAGCGCCCGGCGUCGUCCACCGAAGGCUGGUUGGCGCCCACGCCGCAGGUUUAUGUCCGCCACGCCAUCUCCACACUCGGCGUGUCCAACCGAACCACCGGCUAUUGGCCGCACACGCUGCUGUAUGGAUUGAUGAGAUGCAUCCCGGAGUGGACUUGGGUUUUGGGCUGGCGGGUGUUCAUUGGUUAAAAGUGGCUCGUCAUAAAUUGUAUUGUUCAUCCUUCAGACGUGUAGAGAAGAACAUAUGAGGUGGUAAAGUUGUGUUGUAGCCUCUCACGGUCAAACGGGCGGCCAAACCUUUCCAUCCGACACACUCCAGUAGCCUGGAGUUGCCGCAUCAAAUGACUUUUCACUUUUCUGCAUGAAAUGAGCACUAAAGUUUUCCCACCCUUGGUGUAAUAUGUACCAAUAUUUUCCCUUUUCAAGCUGCUUUUUGGCUCUUGGUGAAAUUUCUCGUGAAUCAUUUCCACGGGCUGGCCCGUACACGCUGACCGUGCCAGUAACUGGAGUUUGUCCAGGACUCGCUGUUACCGCCUCCUUGGACUGUUUGUGCUGACUUGGCACUCAAAAUAAAUGCAUAAAAGGUACUUCGGAUAAAA